AUGACGAUAUCGCUGCCGUCGUUAUUGCCGGUCAACGGGAUCGGACUGCCAGUGGCCCGGUUGACGUACAUCGUGAGCGGGGCGCACCUCGAGUGGUCGAGGCCAGGCGAUCGGUCGCGGGCCACCGAGUCGGGCGAGUACGUGGCCCGUAACGUGGCGCCCGCCCGUAUGGCGAUGAGACACGACGGCGUCAUCUACCUGGCCAUGCCAAGGCUCAGGCGAGGCGUGCCGUUCACGCUCGGCGCCGUCGAGUACGACCCGUGCGUGAGCACCAUAGAGCCGCCCGUGUCACCGUACCCGUGCGCGGCCGCUCACCGGAAUGUCGCCCAGUCCGGCACCGGUACCGGUAACUGGACCGUGGUCAACGUGGUGGACGUGCACCUGGACGACGGCGGCGUGCUGUGGGCGCUGGACGUCGGCAAGGUGAACUUGCUCGAGGGCGGCGCGACCGUCGUCGUCCGGCCGCCGAUGGUGUUCGCAUUCGACACGGACACCGAUGAAAUAGUGCGGGCGAUCGACUUAUCGCGGGCGACCACGGAGGCCAGCUGCUUGCAAUCGAUCGUUGUCGAUCACAGCUCGACCGCGGGCCAAUUCGUGUACGUGUCUGACGCCGGCCUUGGCAACGUGAUCGUCUACAACGUGGCCUGCGACAGUUCGUUCAAGGUGCACGUACCGGUGGGCCCGUGCGGCCAACGGGACGUCAUGUACAUGGCACCCGUGCUGGCUGACGUGAUGGACAUGGCCGCGGGCCGCGGCUCAGCCCGCUACCGGCGGCUCUACGUCACGUACCUGUCGUCGCGCGACAUGAUAUACGUCCCGGUGCAUGUCGUGGACGAGUCGACGGUCGAUCUGCCAACCGUCAACGUGGGCCGAAAACCGUGCAAGAUGAUCGUGCUGGGAACCGACCGCGGGUCCGUCAUCUACUUCCGGACCGACGGCGACACCGGCGAAAUUCUCAGCUGGGACGUCAACAAGCUGUUUCGGCACGAAAACUUUAGGUCCGUGCAGCGUGGUCGAAAGUCCAGGAUACCGUUGAUGGUAAUUACGGGUUUCCAGGGUUACCAGUGGUCCAUGGAGAGCAAUUACGUAGAUUUUCUGGUCGGCGACAUCGGGUGUCUGGGCGUCAGUACAAGAAUCGAACCCCUGCAGAUCCAUGACGAAUAUCCUGACGACCCGUGUUCGAAUAGGGUUCCGAUGCGAUGCGGUCAGGGCCGGACGACGGCGAAAACGAUCGGAUCGAACGGGACGAAAUCAGCAAGAAGGAGUACAACUAUCGUCAACAAGAGAUCCGUCGCAACAAUAGCUGUAGUUGAACCGGCACCGUAA